AUGACUGUUUAUCUCCCCCCAUCCUUGUCCGCUGCGGGGAACGCAUCCUCCGAGUCCGGCUCGUCCUCGAACCCCCGAUACACACCUGUCUCCAAUGGCUCCGAAGAAGACGACUAUUCGACCUCCAGUCAUAAGAAACACGCCUCUAAAUACUCGAUUGGCGGGACUUUGCGUGUACAGACCGACUUUGGAGACUCAGGGAACUCUGUUGAGGGACCCAUUUCAGAUAUCGAGGAUGAAAAUGAGCUUGAAUCGGGCGAUGAUCAGCGGAUAAAGCGUGGAAAGGCGUCUGGGUCGGGUUUCAGGUCGAAAAAGGGACCGAAAUACACGGCCGAGGAAGAGAAGGAGGUUGUCAGGAUCUUUGAUAGGAGACUCGUCCCUUUUCUCGCGUUGUUGUAUUUACUGGCUUUUUUGGACCGGUCGAGUAUGUUUCCAUUUCCUUCCUACAUUUCAUGCGACAUAUUUUUCCCCAAUAUACCCAUGCUUUAUAUACUAAUUAUCGAUCCAGAUAUCGGGAAUGCCAAGAUCGCCGGGCUGGAAGAGGAUCUAAACCUUUCAUCUUCACAAUAUGAAUGGCUACUUACAUCGUUCUAUAUUACAUACAUUCUUUUUGAGUGGAUGACGUUGAUGUAUCGCGUUGUGCCGCCGCAUAUCUACAUUUCAAUCUGUGUCUGUGGAUGGGGCCUGGUAGCAUCAUUCCAGUGUCUUGCAACUUCCUUCGAGGGACUGGUUGUCCUCCGUGUCUUACUAGGUAUCACAGAAGCAGCAUUUGGCCCAGGAGUACCAUUUUAUCUAUCAUUAUUCUACCAGCGCCACGAGCUUGCUUUCAGAAACGGGCUUUUCAUUUCAGCGGCUCCACUAGCGACAACCUUUGCUAGCAGUCUCGCCUGGGUAAUCGUUAAGCUCAGUAGCAACGGCCCGAUUUCCCCAUGGCGGACCCUCUUCUUGGUUGAAGGUUUCCCGAGUGUGAUCGUUGCUGUUUUUGCCUGGGUCCUUAUCCCCGACUCUCCUGGUCGUGCGCGAUUCCUUACCCGCCGACAACGGGUCGUGGCUCGGAAGAGGCUCGAGCAGACGAACAGGUCAAACCACGACCAGUCCCAGGAGAAAGGUUUCAACUGGAGGGAGAUUGUUAAGACAGCGUCUGACCCCAAAGCGUACAUGGCAGCUGUUAUGUAUUUCAGCUGCAAUGUUGCAUUCAGCUCGAUGCCAGUCUUUCUCCCAACUAUCAUCAAAGACAUGGGUUUCUCUUCUCUUCAAGCCCAAGCCCUCUCCGCCCCACCAUACCUCGUCGCCUUCGUUGUCGUUCUAAUCACAGCAUGGGUAUCCGAUCGCAGCCGCAGCCGCAGCCCAUACCUAAUAGCUCACGCCCUUACUUCCUCCGCUGCAUACUUGGCCAUCGCAGCAACAGGGUACUUCCAUGACCACCUUUCGCCAAGCUUGCAUACAUUCAUCCGUUACAUCUGCGUCUACCCUGCCAUAUCAGGCUUCUUUUCAGCUAUCACACUGAUCGUCACAUGGUCGAUGGACAACCGGGUAGAGAAGGAGGGUAAAGGCGCCAGCAUUGUUAUCCUAAAUAUCAUUGGGCAGUGUGGACCGCUUUUAGGGACGAGAUUAUAUCCUGAGAGUGACGGGCCAUGGUAUGUACGUGGUAUGGCGAGUUGUUCAUUCUUUAUGGUACUGGUUGCUAUCCUGGCUUUUGCUCUGAGAAUACUAUUGCAGAGAGCCAAUCGCGCUGCUGGUGAUGGAGAUGCUUUGUUUGAUGCUGGGCAUCUUGGUGGUAGUGCAGAUGGAGAUGGAGAUGGAGAUGGAGAGGAAAGAGACGAGCUUAUGGGUGGUGGGCGUAGAGAAGAUUUAGAAGGUCAUACUGGGGAUCAAAAACUUGUAUACAUCAUUUGA